AUGUCACACUACGAUAGAAACUCCUGGAGUCCUGAAGUAUUUUCCAAAUAGGCUGAUGAAGCUAUCAAAUCUCUCGUUGAAGAACUUGGCCUUAAAAAAUGAACGAAAAUUGCACGAAUUCUUGAAGAAAAGCACGGUAUCGAAGGAAGGUAAAAUUCAUAUAGAACAGGGAAACAAUGCAGAGAAAGAUGAUUUAAUCACUUACUAUUCCUAUUAAUAAUCAAAUUCUUGCUUAUUCUCAGGAAGUUUUGCACAAAUUUUCAAAUAGUUAAAUUUUAUAUAAACAGAUCUAAAUUUGCAUAUCAUCGAGGAUCAUGCUAAAAAUUGCAUUUUUUACUUUCAAAUAAGCAAUUUUCGAUAUAUUUUAUAAAUUUACUAUUUGAAAAUACCUUGUAAAAAUCACCCACCAAUAGGAAGAAAUUUUUUAUUACUGGGGGGAGCUAGACCCCAACAUAAAAAAUGACCAAUGAAGCGUCGAGGAAGAAAAAAUCCUCUUUGAAUGCCAGCAGAAAUACGGAAACUGCUGGUCUAAGAUGACAGAUCAUUUGCCAGGGAGAACUGACAAUGCAAUUAAAAAUUAUUUUUAUAGCACCGUUAGAAGAAAUUUAAGGAGAUAUAACAAAAGAGUUCCUUCUAGUGAACAAAUACAUGGGAGUGUGCAGGAGUUAAUAAAAGACCCAGAAAUUUUGAAAUUAUUAAGCGUCCAUUCUGAAAGAAAAAGGACUAAAGAAGAAAAGGAGUUAGAGAAAUUAGCCAGGGCUGAAUGCUUAAAAAGAGAAGAUUCAUUGAAAAAAUCAAAUAGUUUGAAGAGAUCUGAUAGCUUAAAACACUCUGACAGCUUAAAGCGGUCUGAUAGCUUGAAGCGGUCCGACAGUCUGAAACGUUCUGACAGUCUAAAACGCUCUGAUUCUCUGAAAAGCUUAAAAAGGACUGAUAGCUUGAAGAAAAACUCAUAUCGAGGAGAAAAAGACGAUUCUGAAAGCUCUGAUACAAAAAAUAGCAUUAUAUAUAGAGAUGCGAAUCCGAAAAAAGGAAAUCCGUCAAUUAUUGUAUCUCAACCCAUAACACGAUCACACCAGAAAAAAAUCGAGCAGCAAGAAAUUGAGCCGGCAAGUUUAUUGCAUAAUAUUUCUCAAGGCUCGCCAUCUCAUGAAAUUUACGAUCCAGCAAAACCAUUUGAUCCUAUUAAAGGUUUUUCUCCAGUAUCAAAAGAGGCACAAGGAAGUUUAAGCCUAAAUUAUCUAGACCCAGUAGAUCCUCAAGGGCAAGACCCAUUUUUUACUGAAGGCUUUGGGUAUCAUAAGUCUGAUUCUGUAAACAGUAUUGGAAAAGGUGACUACUUACCGUUUUUAAGCCAAGACCUUCCUUUCAAUAGAAAUUUUCGGCUUCCAUCUAUGGAUGGAGAUAAUGGAUCUCAGCCUGAAGGGUUUAGAUUUAUGAAAAUACCGUCACUUGGUGAUGAUUAUAUGUUUCAGCCAGAAAACUUCAAAUAUAUGAAAAUCCCAUCUAUGGGAGAAGAAAGUAAUUUUAAUCCUGAAGGCUUUAAAUUGAUGAAAAUUCCGUCUAUAGGCGAAGAAAGCAAUUUUUCAAUGGUGAAACUGCCAUCUUUGAGCCUUGGGGAUUGUGAGCUGCCGCCUUUCCAGCCAAAUGAUACCUUCCAACAUAUAAAUCAAAAUCAAUAA